UAAUUUAAAAGAAAAACUGUCUAUAUAAACAGAAAGAGCGGUAGUCUUUUGGAAAGAAGAUCGAUCGUUCAUCCAUGGAGGCAACAAUAAAAACGUCCUGGAAAUCUUCCCCUGUGCCUAGUGUUAAGGAGCUGGCAAACGAGUCUCUGGCUGCAGUUCCACCACGUUAUGUUCGUCCCGAUCAAGACUCCCCUUCCUUAUCCAACGUCACUUCUUCUUUGCCUCAAGUUCCCGUUACCGACAUGUCAAAGCUGCUUUCUCCAGAUUCCAUGGAUUCAGAACUCGACAAGUUUCACCAUGCUUUCAAAGAAUGGGUUUUCUUUCAGUUAAUAAACCAGGAUGAGACAAUUGGUAACCAAUGGAAUUUACCGAGCAAUGAGCAUCGAGCAAACUGUGAACUCAGGAAAGAAAGGCUCUCAGGCGGCACAUUUAUAGCCAAAAUCGACGGCAAUAUCGGUCCGGCGCCAAGCCUUGUUACACCCCAAACUGGCGUUGUUUAG